AUGGCAGGAGAUCCUAUGAGACGCAACCAGAACCUUUAUUGCCACUAUCAUCAGGAUCAUGGACACACAACUGAGGAUUGCAGAAAUUUGUGGGACCAUUUAGACCAGUUAGUUCGAGAAGGGAAGUUGAAGCAACACUUGCAUCAUUCUAGUGCUCGAGUAAGCCAAGCGAGCUCAGAGCUUUGCGGAGAUGCUUCUUCGAAACUCCCCCUUAGCACAAUAAAUGUUAUUUUUGCUGCCCCGGGAAGGACGGGAUCUUGUCCCUCCAGGCCUCAUGAUGAUGCUCUUGUUGUUACGCUGAGAAUUGGUGGGUACGGUAUGAAAAGGGUGAUGAUUAACCAGGGCAGUGCUGUUGACAUAAUGUACCCUGAUUUGUAUAGGGGGCUAAAUCUGAAACCUGAAAACUUGACGGCCUACGGUUCUCCUCUGGUGAGCUUUGAGGGAAGAAUGGUUGUCCCAAAAGGUCAGGUCAGAUUGCCUGUGCAGACCAGUACAGAUGUGAUGGAAGUGGACUUCGUCGUUGUAGAUGUUUUCUCUCCCUACACGGCUAUUAUGGGCAGACCUUGGCUUCAUACCUUGGGGCCAUCUCCUCUACUCUAUACCAAAAGGUGA